CAUUUUCUCCCGUUUUUGCCAAAUCUCAUCGCACCAAUUCCCCUUUCUGUUGGGGACUGACUCAUCUCAUCAAUUUCACAGCAAUGGCGUUUUUGAUUUCACGGAAGGUCAUCAACAAUUUGUUGACAUCUUCUCGAUCAUCUUCUCUUUGUUUACCAUCACUCUCUUCCCCCACAAUUUCAAAACCCUCCGCUUAUUUCUAUCUUCUUCAUGUUUCAUCUUCUUCAACCCCUUCACACCCCACUCGGAAACCCCAAAUUCUUGACCCCAACUUCAUAAGAUUGGCUCCAUUCUCCACUUUCAGGCCAAGCAAACCGACAUUUUCACCGGCCAAUGACGACCGUGAAACCCCAUACUCCGGCCAAAUCCCUAAUUCGAUCCACUCUUCAUUACUGGAGAACGAGCUUCGAGACUCGCUCAGAAAAUCGAUAGAGAACAUCAGGGGCUUGAAAAAUGCAUUGACAGUUCUGGGUUUGGUUCAUACAGGCAUAGGAGCCUGGAUCGUUGGCUCCAUUCCAUUUUACCCAAGCUUUUUAACACAGGGCUUUCUGGCAUCUGCAGUCCCACUCUUUCUGGCUAGCAGGAUGAAACGAAGUUUGCAGAUAAUAGGCUAUUUGAACAUGAAAACAAAUGAUGGUUCAAGUGGGUAUCUGUUAUUAUAUGCCCGAAGAUCUUCUAAUGAUCCCAAGGAUUAAGAUUUCUACAAUCACCAUGACUUUACUUCCAGCAUUAUGUGGGUUUCAGCUGUAUCGAAUGACAUCAGCGUGCUAUAAGUUGUCAAGCUGGCAUCUGGAAAGAAAAGUUGAUGGUAUGCUUCAAAGUUCGAAUUUGAUGGAGAGACGAGAGGUUUUGAAGGUCAUGAAUGUUUGCCUGCUUCGAUGGAAAAAUGCCUCCUAUUUGGCUGCAGGUUUAUCUUGUUCAUGGUUACUUUAUGUGUAUUUGCAUAGCUAUGGAAUUCUUACAUUUUAUGCCUUUGAAUGAGAAGCUGUUAUGUGAAAAUAAUCUUAGUUCUGGCAGUUCAGAAUUCAUUCUGGCAAGGGGAAAAAAAAGUUCAGAAGUUAGUUUAAGGAUAUAAAUCAGGUUUUUUGCCUAACACCUCUGUUCUAUAAAUAUAGGUGUAA